AUGACUUUUCAUCCCGACUCACUUCCUGACCUGAAAGGAAAGGUGUAUAUUGUCACUGGUGGUACUUCGGGCAUUGGCUACAAUACCGCCGCUCGUCUCGCUCAGCAUGGCGCACACGUCUACCUGUGCGCACGCUCCCACGCAAAAGGCGAAAAUGCAGCAUCCGGGAUCAAGGAGCGCUACCCUCAAGCGAAUAUCUCCAUCUUGGAAAUGGACCAUACAUCACUGUCUGCUGUCGUCUCUGCAGCCAAGCUCUUUCUGUCUAAAGAGACCGCACUGCAUGGGCUCGUCAACAAUGCUGGCAUCAUGGCAACGCCUUUCGAGAUUACUAAAGACGGGUACGAAGCUCAGUGGCAGACAAACUAUGUUGCUCACUGGGUUUUCACUUCUUACAUGGUACCCCUCAUGCUCAACACGUCAAAGGGUCUACCCUCUGGCACUGUCCGGAUUGUGAAUCUGUCUUCGUCAGGCCACUACCAGGCACCAAAGGGAGGUAUCAACUUUGUCGAUACUUCACUCCCCAACGAGGGUGGAAUAGCUCGAUAUGGUCAAUCCAAGCUCGGCAACAUCUUCCACGCCAAGACGUUGCACAAGAGGUACGGUCCUGGGUCACCCAGCUCCAAAGCGGGCCAGGGAGAAAUCUGGACUGCGAUUGUGCACCCAGGCUAUGUGGAGAGCCAAAUUGCAGACCGCGCAGAGAUUCCGCUGCUAUUGAGGCAGUUCUUCUCAGUGUUUGGCGCUCUGGGAGGAAAGGUGGAUGGGGACAAGGGCGCAUGGACGAGUGUCUUCUGUGUCGCAAGCCCCGAGAUGAAGGAGAGCCAGAGCGGUACAUACUUUCAGAGGAUUGCCGAAGCUGGCUGGCAGAGUUGCCUGGCCAAGGACGAAAAGCUGGCUGAGAAGCUGGAGGACUGGACAAAGGAAGAGAUGAGGAAAGGAGGCUGGGUUGGCCAGUGA